GCGUACCGACCUCGAGCGAAUUCUUUAAUCCACAACCUCGUUGAAUCAUAGCCGGUGUCUCGUAUCGCUUAAGGAAAUCGUAUAUCUUUCUGAUACUACAGAGCUGAUAACUGGUCACUUUAAGUUCAUGACGCGUGUAACCAAGUGGAAUUCGCGAGUGCAAUUUCUCUCGCAUUAUAAUUCGCGAUUGUCCUUCUCGCUUCGCGUGCACGUCCUUGGAGGACAUCAACGUUACGUCUCGGGGGUUAUCCGUCACAAUUACACCCGGACAUCUACACGCUUCCUUUCGUCCCGACCUUAAUGCAGCGUUCGUCACAACUCGACGAAGGCUGGAGGACCGCAGGGAAACGUCGACGCACGCGGAUGGACUUCGACGAGAGCAAUGCACCUUGCAUGGAAAAAGCGCAGCCUUUACUGCGAGCGGUAUCGACAGCGUACGAAGACAUGUAACGUACAGACGCGGCCUCGUUGCUGAUCAGAUCAAGGUGACCGUUGAAGCUCCGAGACGAGACACGCCACGAGAAAAAGACUGGAGGAAGAAACGAAGAAACGAAAGAAGAAGAGCAGUGAGGAAGAAAGUUUAAGAGGAAAGAAUCGAGUGGUGAAAUAAAAAAGGAAGAAAUUCUCCUCUCUAAGAAACGCAAGAGAAGCGAGAAGUCGUAUCAUGACGCAACAAAGCGGCGCUGGGUCACCCCAGCAGUUCUGUCUGCGCUGGAACAAUUAUCAGACUAAUCUGACCAAUGUCUUCGACCAACUCCUACAGAGUGAGAGCUUCGUAGACGUCACCCUGGCCUGCGACGGGCAUAGCGUGAAGGCCCACAAGAUGGUCCUGUCGGCCUGCAGCCCGUACUUCCAGGCACUCUUCUUCGACAACCCCUGUCAGCAUCCAAUCGUCAUCAUGAAGGACAUCAAGUGGCCGGAGCUCAAGGCCGCGGUCGAGUUCAUGUACAAGGGCGAGAUCAACGUCUCCCAAGAGCAGAUUGGGCCGUUGCUCAAAGUCGCGGAGAGUCUCAAGAUCCGAGGCCUCGCGGACGUUAAUAGCGAACAGGAGUUGACAUCCAGGCCUAGCCUGGAGGAGGCCGCGAACGCGGCAAUGCAGCGGAAGAAGCGCCGCCGGAUGUCCGGCGAUCGUUCACCGUCCGCCAACAGUCCGGAACGCGUUGGCUCCGCUAGCAUCGGCCCCGACGACCAGGACGUGAUCGGGGGUAACGUCGUCGUGCCUGAGAUUCACAGCAUGGUGCCGUCGACUGCCAGCUCGACUCCUCGGUCCCUCGGCUCGCCCAGCACGCCCAGCAUCUCCGUCACGCCGCAGAUCAACCUGCAGGAACUUCCGGUCUCGCUGCCCUUACCGCCACCCCCGCCACCACCGCCGCAGGGACAGCAGAGCUCGCACCCCCUGCCGACCCACCACGUGCCCGGCCACGUGACUUCCGGUCCGCACGCGCCCGUCAACCACCUGGGCGGCCAUGGCCAGCAGCUCAGCGUGCAGCAGCAGCAACAGCAACAGCAGCAACAACAGCAGCAACAGCAGCAUCAUCAGCAGAACGUCGGCAGUCAGUCCAGCACAGGCGAUGACCUCGAGAUCAAGCCCGGCAUCGCGGAGAUGAUUCGGGAGGAGGAAAGG